AUGCGGGAUGCGUCCGUCGAAAGCUACACGCCUGCAUAUGAACUCGAUGGGCCAGUCACCGCACUGAUCGUCGCCAAGGUCUUGAAGUCCGACAAUCCGCAAUUCAGCGCCGGCGACCUGAUCACUGCGCUGCUCCUGAUAGAAGAAUACAGCGUUGUUUCAACCGUCGAGCCACAGCUCACCACCAAGAUCCGCAACCCGUACAAUCUUGACCUUAAGCACUAUCUCGGAGCCGUCGGCAUGCCGGGCCUCACCGCUUACGCAUCGCUUUACGGGCACGGCAAGCCAGUCAAGGGCGAGACGGUCUUCGUCUCGGCCGCGUCGGGCGCAGUUGGGCAAAUCGUGGGACAACUCGUCAAACGGGAGGGGUGCACCGUGAUUGGAUCGGUCGGAUCCGACGACAAGUUGAAAUGCAUACUCGGCGAGUUGGGCUUCGACGGUGGCUUCAACUACAACAAGGAAUCCGCCUUCGAGGCUCUGCCACGGCUCGCGCCGCGUGGCAUCAACUUGUACUACGAUAACGUGGGCGGUGAGCAGCUGGAUGCGGCGUUGGUGAACAUGGCCAAUUUCGGCCGCAUCGUGGUCUGCGGCAUGGUCUCGCAGUACUCGCUCUCGGAGUCGGAGCGUUAUGGGGUCAAGAAUCUCGUCGUGUUCAGGAGGAAAGACUGA